GGCGGUAGAAAUGGAGAGUAAAAGGACUGGGAGGGAAAGCGAAAACGCUGAAGAGACAUGGCGUGGCAGCAAGACAAAAUAACAGGAUUUCAGCCCAACGAAAAGGAGUUAUCUGAAGAACAAAGUAAAUCUUGACGGGUCGAGCUAGCGUUUACUGACUGGAGGAUUUUCAUUUCGCUUUGCUUUGGUCUCGCCGCGUAAUCAGUGCGCACUGUGUGUUGUAUCUGCAGAGAAAUCUGUAGCGAAAAACACAGCCUGGCAGGAUUAAAGUAUGAGUCGAGAUGUGUGGUCAAAAAAGAAAGCCAAUGCCAGUGGUGACAAUGGUUGGGCUGAGAGGGGCGGCUACAUGGCUGCCAAAGUUUCUAAGCUGGACGAGCAGUUUAAACUGGAAGCCCCCAGAGAGAAGCAGAAGGACGGGACAUGCUCCACUAUUUUCAGCGGAAUAUCUAUCUAUGUUAAUGGAUAUACAGACCCGAGUGCGGAUGAGCUGCGCAGGCUGAUGAUGCUGCACGGCGGUCAGUUCCACACGUACUACUCUCGCUCCAAGACCUCUCACAUCAUCACCAACAACCUGCCCAACAGCAAAAUCAAGGAGCUGAGAGGGGAAAAGAUCGUCCGGCCGCUGUGGAUCACUGACAGUAUCCAGGCUGGGUGUCUCCUGCCCUGCCUGCAGUACCAGCUCUACAAUCAGAAGGGCCCGCUCUUCCCUGCCAUGAUUUCCCGCCAGACGCCUGAGAUGGCAGGGCCGAGCCAUCAGAAGCUCCACCUGCCGCAGCGCAGCAUGCAGCGCUCUGUUCUCAACCAGGAAAGCCAGAAUAACUCCCUCCCCCCCCCGAACCACAGUCGACUUUACCCAGACAACAUCCAACCUCAGUCCGUGCAGCCGAGCUCUGCUGCUCGCCUCAUCAACCCACAGCCAAGCCACUUAGCAUCCACUUACCUCAACACAGAUCCCAGGCACAGAAGCCCCUCACACACCCACCUGCUGUCUAACCCCAGCCCCACAAAACCCCCCCUCAAGCCCCCACUGUCCCCUUUACAAAACCCUCAAGCUAAUCUGCAGCACCAGAGGGCCGGUCAACAACAACCUCACAGCAACUCUUCUUACAACAGCAGCUGCAAGGAAGUGGAGUUAAAGAUAAAUGGGUUCCUGCAGACCUCAUUUGACGUGAUGAGCCAUUCAAAAUUAAAAGAAAUGCAAGAGUGUGGCAAAGCAGAUCCUCUCCCGCAGGUGGUGAAGGAAGCUCACCUGACGAAUGGACACUCUCACCUUGUUAAUGGUGCCUUAAAGCCAGAGGACCUGCUGUCCCCUGCUCAACCCUCUGAUGACACGGAGCUGCCUCAACGCAGAGUCAAGAGUUCACACGAUAAACCUCACAGUCCUCCAGGGCCGUUUCAGACCAAACCCGACCCUUAUGAGUUCCCCCAGAGUCCUCCAAAGCAAUCCGAGCAGUCUGUGGUCUCUCUGAAGCAAUCCAGUUCACAUGAAGCCAACGAGAAGAGACUUAAACCUCCACCACCCACCUACCAGGAGGCUUUAAAAGCCACGGAAACCCACCUACUCCCAAAACAGCUCCACCCAUCCCGUCCAGUUAAUUCACAUCCAGAAAAGACUCCUCUUUCCCCCGCACAUCGCUCUCUUUCACAUUCUCCUGUCCGUCUGAACGGGAGUCACCACAAUGCCUUUUCAUCUGCCUCGCUAAACUCAACCAACAUAACAUCCAAACCUCAUCAUCCCACUGAAAAGUCCCCGUCGCCGUCUAAGUCCUCGGCGCAGCUGAUGGCCCAGACAGGCGGACUGAUCUCUGAGUAUUACUCUCACUCACGUUUACACCAGAUCUCCACGUGGAGGUCCGGCUUCUCGGAGUAUGUCAACGAGCUGCACAGCAAGAGGAAAGCAGCGGGGGGCGCCUCCUUCCCAGGGAGGGAACGAUUGAGGAAGUCGGUGGCCCAGCGCUCAGACAGAGGAGGUACGUCUGCACCCACAAGUGUCAAAUCGUGUAUAUUUCACGUGGACAUGGACUGUUUCUUCGUGUCUGUGGGGAUCCGACAUCGACCAGAGCUCCAAGGGAGGCCAGUAGCUGUGACCAGUAGCCGUGGACAGGGCCGGGUCCCCCUGCGGCCCGGGGCCCAGCCUCAGCUGGAGAGCCAGUACUACCAGAGGAAACAUGCUCCCCCUGAGAUGGAAGAUGAGGAUCUGGACAGAAGUCCAUCAGAAGACAGUCCUGUCCCCCAUACUAACGGAGUGGACCAGGAUACUGCGACUCUCUCUAGGGCAGAGAUUGCAUCCUGCAGUUAUGAGGCCAGACUCAAACUGCUCCUCUGUUCAGGGUCCAACAUCCUUCUGGCUCGGCUGGCCACCCGAAAGGCCAAGCCGGACGGACAGCACCUGCUGAAGCCUGAAGAGGUGGAUGAUUUCAUCAGAGAGCUGCCAGUGACCAGCCUGCCAGGUGUGGGACCUGUAAUGGGCAGGAAGCUGGCAGGAAUGGGUGUGCGGUCGUGUGGGGAUCUCCAGCAGGUUUCUCUGUCUCAGCUGCAGAAGAAGUUCGGACCCCGGACCGGACAGACUCUGUUCCGCUUCUGCAGGGGCCUCGACGAGCGGCCCGUCCGCUACGAGAAGGAGAGGAAGUCUGUCUCUGCUGAGAUGAACUACAACAUUCGCUUCACUAAGGUUGACGAGGCUGAGUCUUUCCUCAAUAACUUGUCCAUGGAGGUGCAGAAACGUUUACAGGACGCCGGGCUGCGGGGCCGCAGAGUGACCCUGAAGGUCAUGGUGCGCAAGGCUGGAGCGCCACUGGAGCCGGCUAAAUACGGAGGUCAUGGCAUAUGUGACAACCUCGCCAGGACUGUGAUGCUCGCUCAGUCCACAGACAGCGGUCAGCUGAUCGCCGCUGCGGUCAUCAAGCUGUUCCACGCCAUGAAGCUUCAGGUCCAGGAGACGAGGGGGAUCGGCAUCCAGGUCCAGCUCCUCGACGGACACCACUCCGGCCCCCAAGACUCCGCGGGCCCCGGGUCUCGCUCCAUCAAACAAAUGUUUCUACGCCAGGGAAGUGGCAGAUCCAGAAAAAUAGGUCAGUGUGAAGUCUCUGUGUUUCAGGUUUUAUCUUUGUUGCCGUCUGUGUCGUCCAUUACUAGUGAACCCAUGGAGGAGGACAUCCUGCAGGUGGUGAGGUUCUGCACUGAUCUGAUCGAGGAUAAAGAUCUGGAGAAAUUGGAUUUGAUUAUAAAAUAUAUGAAAAGGCUCAUGCAGCGGUCGCUGGAGUCUGUUUGGAGCAUGGCUUUCGACUUUAUUCUAGACAACGUGCAGUUGGUGGUGCAGCAGACGUAUGGUAGCACCCUGAAGGUAGCAUGAAGAGGAAGGUGCACUGUGUUCACUGUGUGUUACCAUGACACCCUUUUUGUUUUGUUACUAUCACAAUAUCUGCAAUACAAAUGAUGACGCCUAAAUGAUGCUUUUCCUGCUCGACACCCUGUUCUCAGUGGCGAGAGUAAGACACAAUUUAACGACGUCACACACUCGACAUGUGAAAGUGUUACAGGAGCCAUAACAGUAUUAGACAAGAGUGUGUACAGUAAAGUGAUUUCGGUACUUUUUUUUAAAGGAACACAAACUCAAAAGCAGGAAAAGUACUAAUAAACUACUCACCAAAACUCAGAACAGUGAUAAUCGUAGCGCUUUUUUGAAAAUCCAUCAUUUUCCAUAUGGAGUUCUUUUCUAAAUAUAUAAAGUUUUAUAUACUGAUUUUUGCAGGUGGAGUUUUAACUGUUUCUUAUUAAAAAAAAACAGGUCUUAUAAGAUUUAAAAUGUCCCUCCUGAUUUCCAUCUGCACUUAUGUGAUCUGAAGGUUUGAAUAAUGUAAGUCACAGGCACAUUUCUGUGUUUCUUUUGCAGUUAAAUAAGGUUUAAAAUGACAACAUAAUCAUCACGUUAAAACACAAAGCACCUUUUUAGAGAUUUCAGAAUCGGUUAGGGUUGUAGCACUCCUCAGACUUAGGACUUAUGGAUAAAGGA